AUGAGUGCUGCCACAGAGGCUCUGGAAAGCCCUCAGGGCAUACGAACCGUCGUUGUCAGGCCGCACCAGGCGACAGAUCCGACGCAGAUCUCCCUGCAGCUGGAUGACCUGAUCAUUGUCCUGGAGCAGGACUCCUCCGGCUGGUUCGGCGGCCACAGGGACGGCGAAGAGGCCACGGGCUGGUUCCCGGGGUCCUGCGUGCGGCCUCUGGAUCCCGAGCCCUUCCUCUUCCCGAGCACGGGGCGCGACGGGCAGCAGGAGCCGCUGGAGACGCCGGCGGCGGCCGCGGCUGUGCCUGAGGCGGGCAGCCCGGAGAGCCAACCGGGCACCUGCGCCGCAGGACCGCGGCGGGAGCACGGCGACCAUCACCAGGCAGCCGGCUGUGCCGCCCAGGGGGCCCCGCGAGUUGGCCACGGCCCCGAGCACCAGGUGCUCCACGUGCCCACGCCGCAGCGGAGCGGUCAGGCGGGGCUGCCCGCGGCCUCGCCGCCGGGCAAGGGCCCGCUCCUGUCGGCGAAGGGCCCGGCGUUCGACGCGACGGUCUCGAGGAGCCCCGCGGAGCUCCCCGCGGGCGAGGCCGCCGAGUUGCGGGCCAUGGUCGCCGGCUUGGCCGCGGAGGCGGCGGAGCUGCGCGCCCGCGUCGCCGAGCUGGCGGGCGAGACGGGCGCGCUGCAGCAGCAGGCGGCGUCCGAGGCGGCCAGGGUGGCCGGGCUGGAGGCCGAGCUGCGCUGGGAGCAGGAGGGGCGGCGGCGGCUGGAGGGGCAGUUCGAGGAGCAGCGCGCGGAGGUGGCCUGCCUGCACGGGGAGCUCAGGGCGCUUCGGGACAAGCUGGACGACGGGAGGCGGAGCGCGCCGGGGCCCGAGGGCGCGCGGGCGGUGCAGGGCGCCCCCCUUCGGAAGCCGCGGGCGGUCUCGGGAAGGUGGAAAGCUGGCCCGUGGACGUCUGGGGCCAGGUCGGGCUAA